UCCAUCUUUCCACAUAGGCAAAUUACUUCCAUCGCUCGAAAAUGUCGGACGCUUGGGAAGAAAUCCAAGCAAUUAAAAGCAAACGAAACAGUUUGCGAGAACGACUGGAAAAACGUAAAAAAGAAAGACAGGAUAUACUAGGCAGCAGUUUGGGGACGUCCUCCCCUGUAAACUGCUUGGAAAACUCAGUAGGAGGCGCACCCAGUCCCGUCGGUGCACUCAAAGAUGAGACGAAGUCAAAAGCAGAAGCGGCGGUCUCUGACGACUUACUGAAAGUCAACCCGGAACUUGAGAAGGAGCUGUUAAAAACCCUAAACGAGGUGACCCUACAAAUUCCGAUCACUUCCACCGACCUAGUCGGCACCUUGAAAACCAGCUUGGAUCGUUACGUUUCUCACGAAGCGAUUUCAAAUUUACUUCAAAAGUUUGAAACUCAAAAACUGAUUCAUCUCAAAGAUGUCGUGAAGGACGGUAAAAGUGUUUUGGAAGUGGUCUUUGUCGAACACAGUAAGUUAAAUGCCGUCGUAAACGAAGCCACGGGUGAAUUGAAGGUUGUAAGUGAAAAGGAGGAAAAUCCGAAACGUAAGCGCGAUGUGUCCCCUGCCAAGGACGAUGAAGACGAAGAAAAACGAAAGAAGGAGAAAAAAGAUUCGAAAACUACCGAUAUAUUUUCUCUGCUGGCUAUGCCGUCGACUAAGGAGAAGGAAAGUAAAAAAGUAGGCGAGGAGAUUCUAGAUUUGUUGAGUAAACCGACCGCGAAAGAACGGUCGUUGGCCGAACGCUUUCGUUCACAAGGGGGUGCCCAAGUAAUGGAGUUUUGCCCGCAUGGAACGAAGGCCGAAUGUCAACGGAACGCGAGCAACAAGCAGUGCAAAAAGUUGCACUUUAAGAAAAUAAUACAGAAGCAUACGGAUGAAUCGUUAGGGGACUGUUCAUUUUUGAACACUUGUUUCCAUAUGGAUACGUGCAAGUAUGUGCAUUACGAGGUGGAUCGUGCUGGUCAAAGUAAGGAUGUUAUACCGACUGUACAGAGUCGUACGUUAUCGAGCACGGAAAGUACAACUUUAUACCCGCCUCAGUGGGUGCAGUGUGAUUUGCGAUAUUUGGAUAUGACCGCUUUAGGUAAGUUCGCAGUGAUCAUGGCCGACCCUCCCUGGGACAUUCACAUGGAGCUUCCAUACGGAACAAUGUCCGACGACGAAAUGCGACAGCUGGGCAUACCUCAACUGCAAGACGACGGUUUAAUCUUCUUGUGGGUGACCGGUCGUGCGAUGGAGUUGGGACGCGAGUGUUUAAAAUUGUGGGGCUACGAACGUGUCGACGAAAUAAUCUGGGUGAAAACCAAUCAGUUGCAAAGGAUUAUCCGCACGGGCCGUACCGGACACUGGUUGAAUCACGGUAAGGAGCACUGCUUGGUCGGGAUGAAGGGCAGUCCGCAGAAUUUGAAUCGUGGCUUAGAUUCGGACGUGAUUGUCGCGGAGGUGCGCGCGACGAGUCACAAGCCGGACGAGAUUUACGGCAUGAUCGAACGUCUCUCGCCCGGUACCCGAAAGAUCGAGUUGUUCGGAAGGCCGCACAAUAUUCAGCCGAAUUGGAUUACCCUCGGUAAUCAAGUUGACGGAAUACGGCUUGUCGAUCCGCUUUUAAUAGAAAACUUUAAGAAACGCUAUCCGGACGGUAAUUGCAUGGCGCCUCCAUCGAAUACGGCCCAUUAAAUUCGAAAAAAUCAAAAUAUUUAGCUGUUUGUUUUUAUUGUGAAAUGCGUGCGGGAAUUUGACCCUUAAUUAUCCGUGACAGAAAGGUGGCGCCGCUGUCGAAUCAGCUGUUACUGUGUGACAGUUGUAUUUUUAGUAUGGCGUCGUGAGCUCAACUCAAACAAAGAGUGCGUCGUAAUUCGAACAAAUUGUUCAUAAAGUUAACUGUGAUUUUUGUUUUCGUACUUUUGAAACUCCAGUUUCGAUCUAAAGCAAAAACAUGCUGAAUUUAGAGAUCGUUCCCGAACGUUCCUUGGGCUGUGAACAAUGGGAAUUUGUGCUUGGUGAGUAUUCUUUUUUUUAAACCGUUUUAUUGUUAUAAUAUUUAAAUGACACUCUAAAUU